CCCUUGGAGAGCUUCCAGGUAGUCUUCCAUCCCCAGAUUUUCACAGAGCAGGUGUUCCCUCUCUGGGGAUGCUCGUGUAGCCGAGCCCUGAUCCCAGGAUGGUCUUGGGGCUCCCUGAUAGCCCCCACCCCAGCUCCUGAGACUGUACUUUGGCUUCCCAGGGGCUGCGAUGGGCAGAGUCAGCAUUACAUAGAACAAGCCUUUGUUCCCCAGUCACUGCCCACAUGUCACUCAGCACUCUGACUCCUCAUCAGUUUCAUUGGCCGGCUCAAGAUGCAGGGCUCCCCAUCUCCUCCACCCCUUUCUGACCCCAGAGCCGUAACUCUGCCCCGGUCCCUGGGGGUCCAUCUCUGAGCUUCCUUCUUGCUGCCCAAUGUCCAGCUCUCCUUCCCUGCGAGGAUUUCCUGUUCAUCAUGAAGGGCAUAAUGUAUCCCAGCCAGGCACCUCUGAAUUUGAAUAUGUACAAAAGUUCCUACAUGGUCGACUACAAAGAUUUUAGCAAAUACAAAUCUCCUCUGGAAGAUCCUGAGGAGCAACGGAGGGCGGAAAUCCAGUUAUGGCAGAAAGAAUUUCACCAGGCUCCUUUUACGUCACCAUUCAAGCAGACAAAACCAUCCCCAGCUGUUAAGGAGCCCCCGCCGUCUGUGCAAGACCUAGAGUCCCGGCCGCCCCCCCAGGAGCCAGCCCCCAAGGCCCCUCAGGCUCCUUUCUCCCCCUCUCUGUCCAAGUCUGCCCCCGUGCUGAUGAUGAGGGCUUUCACCAAGCCCCAGAUGGCUGCACAAGACUUGGAGGCGGGGGCCUUGGCCCAGGACCCAGCGCAGAAGGGCCCCCAGGCUCCUCUCUAUCCCACUGUGUCCAUGUCGGCCCCGGUGCUGACAAGGGAAGCCCCAGCUUUCAGGGAGCCCCAGAAGACAGCCAGAGACCAGGAGCCCUGUCCCUUCACCCAGGAGCCUGCCCAGAAAGCCCCUCAGGCUCCCGUCUGCCCCACUGUUUCCUCAUCAGCCCCCGCGCUAAUGAAAGGGUACCAAGCUUUCAAGGAGCCCCAGAGGACCCGAAAGACCAGGAGCCCUGUCCCUUCACCCAGGAGCCGGCCCAGAAAACCUCUCAGGCUCCCCUCUGCCCCACUGUUUCCAUGUCGGCCCCCCUGCUGACAAAAGAAUACCUGGCUUUCAAGGAGCCCCAGAGGACCGCAAGGGACCUAGAGUCCUGCUCCUUCACUCAGAACCCAGCCCAGAAGGCCCCCAAGGCCCCAAAUUUGCCCUAGGGGUCACCACCCUCCUCUGGACCCAGACUGGAUCCCAGCACACAAAACUAGGUAUGUCCCAAACCCGUGGAACUUAAGGGUCCAUUUCCUGAGACGAAUGAACACUGUGAACUGAGUAGCGCAUAGUUAUGACCAGAUGUCUCCCCCUUUCCAACUGAGACCCUUGAAACCAUUUUACUGUAAGUAAGCUUGAGAGCCCAAUAGGAAGCCAGUGGGAGAGACCACCCUGUGACAGCCAUUGUGUCGCUCCUUCAGAGGGCAGGGGUCAGAUUUUAAAUAAACCACGAAAGUGCAACUGGA